ACGAUAAACGUAGGCUGGGAGUUAAAAAGCUGCCCAUCCAACCAGCAAACUCCGUUCAAAGGCUCUGUUUCGUUCAAAAUGGGCGUACCGGCGAGUGCUGAAACGUAUCGUAUCGGGCUGGACGAGUCUUAUCGGCCACUCCCUUCUCUCUACUUGGCCUUCUUGUCGAUUUGGUUCGUCUCUGCUUGUUCUUGGACAAUGAAUACCUACAAAAACCGCCACUUUCAGACGAAUAAUUUGCAGUGGUUGCUCGCUUCUGUUCCGUUGAUUAAAGCACUGCAACUCACCCUGUCUUUCCUCUUCUGGUAUUCUUGCUUCAAUUUUCAGGUAUGCUCUCUAUGGAUGUCAUUCGGGGUCUACAUAACUGCCGUGCUCUUUCAGACAGCUUGUUUCGUGUCCUUUUUGCUCAUUUCUCAUGGUUACUGCAUCAUGUGUGAGCGUCUUUCUGUUACUGAGCGCCGUACUACUGCUGCACUUGGUUGUGUCUUUUACUUGACUCUUGUUGGUUACAGAGCUUCUGUACCUUACUUCACAGUGCUUCUGCUUCUUAAUUAUCUUGUAUCAUUCUAUGUGAUUUUCCACCAUAUAUCACAAAAUCUAUCUGUAUUAAGGGAACAAUUGAGUUUCAUAGAGGAUGAGGAUGUUCAGACAAUGCAUGAUGCAGUUUAUACAAAGUACACAAUGUUCAAAAAAUUUCAGGGCGUGAUGCAGAUAGUAGCUAUUGCAGAAACUGUGAUACACAUGAACCUGGAUGACUCAUCAGAAACUUACUGGCUUCGCUUGCUAGUUCGAGAAUGGGCACAAUUCUGCAUCUUUAUGUAUAUUGGGUGGACUUUCAGGUCACAAGACAUGACACCACGUUUCUCUGUUAUGCCAACUUUGAAGUCUAAAGGGGAGAAUGUGGUCCCUCCCAUCUACAGUAUCGAAAUGGAUGCGGCAACUUUCAGAAAUUUUAGCAGACAUCGAUGGCACAUUGGGGUGCCGACUUCUCCUUCCUGCGAAGGCUCUAAAGAUGCGAUUCUGGUAAUAAUUCAACCCCCACAUGCAUAUUGGCUGACAAAGCCUGACGUUUCUUCUCCAAGCUCAUCCAGUAUUGCGACUUCUUCGACAGAUUCCAAUACCAGUUCAUUUUCAUGCAAUAUAUAACAAACAAAACUGUCUGUAGAAUAGAUCUAGUUCAUAGCAGCAGCUAGCUGAUUCCUGCUUAUUGAAGUUGCGACAGGCUCUGCAGGCUGCAGCAGUUUUUAUUCAUACUUCAAAGCUAUACACGGUUUUUCUGUUUACACAAAUCCGAAAAAGGGCUUCAAUUGGUGAGAGUUUAAGUCCAUUAAUCAAUCUUAUUCAUGUACUGAGCAGGCGAGCAAUCUUUUAUUUCUUUUUUGAAGGCAUGUAUCGAUUAAUUUUAAUUGUAUAUUCUCUGUUCUUGGUGUUGGUAGUUACCAUUUUGUAUGCCUGCCUCUUCGAGAUGUAUCCUUCAUUAUAAUGCAAUUGAGAUAAUAUUGCUUGGAUCCAA